AUGUUAAACUCAAUCAAUGAAAAAGGAGGCCUGAAUAAGGACAACAUAAUCGAAAAAAUACAAGAGGCAUUAAAGGAAAGAGAUGAAGGUGAGUAUGAAAAAUGGAAGAAAGCUAAAUUUGGUGUAGAUCACUUAUUUACCAAUGGAGGUUCAUUAUUACAUUUGGCUGCUGCAAAUGGCUGUACUAAGAUAGUAAAUGCUCUAUUAGCAAAAGACGCAGAUGUUAAAGCAGCAGACCUAUAUGGACGGACUCCUUUGCAUUUUGCUGCUAAAAAUGGUAAGACAGAUACAGUAAACGCUCUAUUAGAACACAAGGCAAAUGUUGAUGUAAAAGAUAGGUUUGGAUAUACUCCUUUGCAUAGGGCUGCUCAAAAUGGUCAUGUUGAGAUAGUAAAAACCCUAAUAGACAAUAAUGCAGAUGUUUACGCAAAAGAUAACGGUGGAUGGACUCCUUUGCAUUUGGCUGCUGAAAAUGGUAAGACAGAUACAGUAAACGCUCUAUUAGACAGAGGUGCAAAUGUUAAUGCAAAAGAUAAGAAUGGACGGACUCCUUUGCAUUGGGCUGCUCAAAAUGGUGAGACAGAUACAGUAAACGCUCUAUUAGACAGAGGUGCAAAUGUUAAUUUAGUAGAUAACGACGAUGGAUGGACUCCUUUGCAUUGGGCUGCUCAAAAUGGUAAGACAGAUACAGUAAACGCUCUAUUAGCAAAAGACGCAGAUGUUAAAGCAGCAGACCUAUAUGGACGGACUCCUUUGCAUUUUGCUGCUGUCUUUGGUCAUACUGAGACAGUAAAAGCUCUAUUAGAAAGAGGUGCAAAUGUUAAUGCAAAAGAUAAGAAUGGACGGACUCCUUUGCAUUGGGCUGCUCAAAAUGGUGAGACAGAUACAGUAAACGCUCUAUUAGACAGAGGUGCAAAUGUUAAUUUAGUAGAUAACGACGAUGGAUGGACUCCUUUGCAUUGGGCUGCUCAAAAUGGUAAGACAGAUACAGUAAACGCUCUAUUAGCAAAAGACGCAGAUGUUAAAGCAGCAGACCUAUAUGGACGGACUCCUUUGCAUUUUGCUGCUGUCUUUGGUCAUACUGAGACAGUAAAAGCUCUAUUAGAAAGAGGUGCAAAUGUUAAUGCAAAAGAUAAGAAUGGACGGACUCCUUUGCAUUGGGCUGCUCAAAAUGGUGAGACAGAUACAGUAAACGCUCUAUUAGACAGAGGUGCAAAUGUUAAUUUAGUAGAUAACGACGAUGGAUGGACUCCUUUGCAUUGGGCUGCUCAAAAUGGUAAGACAGAUACAGUAAACGCUCUAUUAGCAAAAGACGCAGAUGUUAAAGCAGCAGACCUAUAUGGACGGACUCCUUUGCAUUUUGCUGCUGUAAUUGGUCAUACUGAGACAGUAAAAGCUCUAUUAGAAAGAGGUGCAAAUGUUAAUGCAAAAGAUAAGGGUGGACGGACUUCUUUGCAUUUGGCUGCUCAAAAUGGUAAGACAGAUACAGUAAACGCUCUAUUAGCAGUAAACGGUAUAGAUGUUGAUGCAAAAGAUCAGAAUGAAAGGACUCCUUUGCAUUUUGCUGCUAAAAAUGGUAAGACAGAUACAGUAAGCGCUCUAUUAGCAGUAAACGGUAUAGAUGUUGAUGCAAAAGAUCAGAAUGAAAGGACUCCUUUGCAUUUUGCUGCUGUCUUUGGUCAUACUGAGACAGUAAAAGCUCUAUUAGAAAGAGGUGCAAAUGUUAAUGCAAAAGAUAAGGGUGGACGGACUUCUUUGCAUUUGGCUGCUCAAAAUGGUAAGACAGAUACAGUAAACGCUCUAUUAGCAGUAAACGGUAUAGAUGUUGAUGCAAAAGAUCAGAAUGAAAGGACUCCUUUGCAUUUUGCUGCUAAAAAUGGUAAGACAGAUACAGUAAGCGCUCUAUUAGCAGUAAACGGUAUAGAUGUUGAUGCAAAAGAUCAGAAUGAAAGGACUCCUUUGCAUUUUGCUGCUGUCUUUGGUCAUACUGAGACAGCAAACGCUCUAUCAGAACACAAGGCAAAUGUUGAUGUAAAAGAUAGGUUUGGAUAUACUCCUUUGCAUUGGGCUGCUAUGCAUGGUAAAACAGAUACAGUAAAAGCUCUAUUAAAAGAAGGUGCAAAUGUUAAUGCAGCAGACCAAGAUGGAUGGACUCCUUUGCAUUUGGCUGCUGAAAAGGGUUAUACUGAGAUAGUAAAAGCUCUAAUAAAAAAAGGUGCAAAAGUUAAUGCACAAGAUAAAAAUGGAUAUACUCCUUUGCAUUUUGCUGCUGCAAAUGGCUGUACUAAGAUAGUAGAUGCUCUAUUAGCAGUAGACGGUAUAGAUGUUAAUGCAGAAGAUAAUGGUGGACUGACUCCUUUGCAUCUUGCUGCUAGAUAUGGUGAGAUAGAUACAGUAAAAACCCUAAUAAAAAAAGGGGCAAGUGUUAACGCAGCAGAUAAACUGCAACAGACUCCUUUGCAUUUGGCUGCUAGAUAUAGUUAUACUUAUGGCCAUACUAGGGUAGUAGAAGUUUUAUUAGCAAAAGGUGCAAAUCCUUUACUAAAAAGCGAUGACGGAAAAACUGCAAGGAAACUUGCUUUGCAAGAGGGUAACGAAGAAAUUGCUAAACUUUUAAAAGAAGCAGAAGCAGAAGAAGAAAAAGAAAAAAAUUUACGUUCGGCUGCUGGAAGUGCAAAUCAUCAAAUCUCUGAUCGAGAUAUAAAGCGUGUAAUCUUCCAAACGUUUGAAAAAUACAUUGAGGAGAACGUCAUUAUUCACAAUAUUCCACUAAGGUAUCAUUUGGAUGAUAUGGUUGACAUAAGAGAGGUAAGAGGACUGUAUGGGAAAAGACUAUCCGCUGAUGUUAAUGUUGUCACAGCAUCUCGUCCUGCAUUGACUAAUAUUGAAAGUUGCAUAGCAAACAGUGAAGGACUGAGCAUGGCUGGUUGUAUAACAUCUUCAUAUUCUGCUGGACUGGCUUGCCUGAGUGAAGAUGAAAAAGAACUUGGCACUGCGAUUAUUGACAUAGGUGGCGGGUACACUGCGAUUGGAGUUUUUAAAAUGGGAAAGUUAGUAUAUGCAAAAAGCAUCCCUAUUGGUGGAGUUCACAUUACUAGAGAUAUCGCUUAUGGAUUAUGUACAAGCAUAGAAAACGCAGAACGUAUUAAAAUACUUUAUGGCAGUACUAUUGUAACUUCUAUAGAUGAAAAUGAACGCAUUACUGUGCAGAGCAAUGAAAAUGACGAGCCAAUCCAGGUACUAAAAUCUGAGCUCAUUAACAUCAUCAGGCCAAGAGUAGAAGAAAUACUCGAAAUUGUAAAAGAACAGCUCAAUAGUCAAAAAGAUCCAGUUAAUAAGAUAGUAAUUACAGGAGGCAGUAGCCAACUAGCAAGCAUGAAAGAAAUCGCAGGCCAUGUGCUCAACAG